CUCUUUUUCUUCCAGCGCUUCUACUGCCUUUCGAGUCGAGUCACAUUCUUGAUUGCUUCGCCCUGGUUUAGUUUCGUUGAAUCACUCGAAUCCGCUUCACAUAGCUUGCCAUGGCAUCCCAAGGCGAUCUGUUCUCGGCCGUGACCAACCGGUCGCUCCGCAACGUCCGAUCGGAGCUCGAAUUCCUAGCCGAUUCCUCAGUCAUCACUCGUGCACAACUCUCCUCGAUCUUAUCGCAACUCCCGAAAGAGAACGAGCGCAGUAGAUCCUCGGUGCCCCCUCAGCAACCGCCAGUCCAGCAGCCGCAGCCAGUGGCGCCGCUGCCCAUCCAGACACAGCCGUCUCCUGCUCCCUAUUCUCCUCCCGUCAACCAAUUCGCCAAUGCCUCGUUGAACGAGAAGGCGACAUACCAAGCGCAGCCUCCGCCGCAGCCGUACGCCAACCCGGCUGUCCCGCCGCCUCCUGCUUAUCCCCAGGCCCCGCCCGUGCUGUCUAUCGCCUCGGCUCUGUAUGCGUACACCCCGACGGACCCCGGCGACUUGGCUCUGCAGCCGCGUGACCGUAUUCAUGUUUUGGAGCACAUGAACGCUGAUUGGUGGCGUGGUCGUAACGAGCGCACCAACCUCGAGGGUAUCUUCCCCCGCAGCUAUGUCGACGUGAUUGACGAGAAGGCUGUCUCGUCCCCUCCACCCACCAACUAUGGAAACAUGCCUCUGGAAGUGAGCCAAAGUGGCUCUACGCCUGAUGGGGACCCUGCCAAGAAGGGCAAAUUCGAGGAACACGGUAAGAAGUUUGGCAAGAAACUGGGUAAUGCCGCUGUCUUCGGUGCUGGUGCGACCAUUGGUUCAAACAUUGUGAACAGCAUCUUUUAAUGUUUGUUUGUCGAAGUUGGUAACUCUAGGAAAGGGCCCGAUAGAGUUUUGUGGAUCACCCUUGUGUGCUCUUUGUCGUUUAAUCCAGUACUUUCAUGGAAUUGGCGUUGGUGGUUGUUUUUCUAAUCCUUACCAUUAUACUCUCUGUGACUAUCUUGAUUCGCAAUCGCUCUAGUGAGACCCAUUCGGAAUAGCAACUGACAGGUUCUGGAAUUCUGGAUAUACUCAGUACAUCAUCAAACAGAAA